CGUGUUGGCGUGUUGGCGACGUGCCUCUGUCAGGGGACGAAACUUCCACCCAUUGAUUCCCCAAGUACAUAUACCGCAGUGCUGUGAAAACCACGUUGCGCAUCCGACCGCUCAUCGAUCUUUUGGAUUUACCCCGUGAUGCACCGCUGUGUCGGACCUUGAACCUAAAGAACGGCGACAUGCCCUGGCGACCACUCCCUCGAAUUGCCUUCGGCAUCUGCGUCUACCCGUUCCAACCCACCUCCGCCGCCGACCUCCCCCUCGAAAUCGGCGACGAACUCUAUAUCAUCGAACAAGGCGGCGCCGAUGGCUCGUGGUAUCGAGGAUAUUUGGUCGCGCCUCCGUCGCUACUGGCGGGCUUAACCAGCGUCAAGGGACAGACCCUGGAAGCACGCGUCUUCUCGGGUAUCUUCCCGCGAUGCUGCGUCGAGGUGCGGGAGGUGCUGGGAGAGGAUCGGAUGCGAAGUCGGUUGGAAGACGCAGCGCCGCUGCCUCCGGACUCGUCGGGACGACUGGAGUCUCGGAACAGCCAUGCGGAAAAGACGCCGAAUGGCGUGUUGACACCGACGGAGAGCUCGACUCCAACCCCCAAUGCUCAAGCGGCGCGAGAUCGUAGCGCCAGGCUAUCGAAGACGGAUGCCGGCGUGCCAAACGGUGCGCAGAAGACCAAACCUAACUUAACAUUAGGGACCCUCGCAUCUCGAAGGACCACGCGGUCCGAACUCUCCGCGCCAUUCACGUUUCCGCUGUCCCCAUUAUCCGUAGGACCACGCGACCUCAGUUCCCCUCGACCACCGGCGCCGGUACCGAUGUUGAAAAUUGGAGAUGAGACGCCCACAUCGACGCAGGAGCCGCUGGUCGACGAGAUUGCGUCGUGUCUGCGGGAAUGGCAUUCCACGAAGCUGCACGAGCUUCUCUUGGCGCGUCGAUACCACCUCCUUGACAAGAUGUCGAACCUGGUGCAACGACUCGACACGUCCCGCCGACAAUUGCUGCACAAGGUAUUGACGGAUCACGAGCUCUCCAUCCUCCGAGAGUCGGCCGUGUGGGAUUUGGUCAAUGGGAACAAAAUGUUGAGUGGGGAGGUCGUGGUCCGCAAUCCCUUCCAGGGAGGGAGGAUCCUCACCGCGGACGAUUCGCCGAUCGAGCUCACCAAGUUGCAGUCGAUGAUGAGUCUCCUGUCCGAGCGGCCUGUGCCGCACGUCGAUGAACAUACCAUGCACCACAUUUUCGUCGACAUUGCCGGUUCGACGAAGCAGGAAAUGCCUCCAGUGACAAUUGCGCUCCACCUGUGCACCAAAGCUCCUGGUGAGCCGCUGCGUCCCCUCUCCGAAAUGUACGCUAUCGACUUCUCCCAUCGCGAUACAUCGGGAGCGGUUGCGGAUACGAAUCUAAAAACACUUUUUGUCGACCUUGCCUCCACGGACAUCGGUGAGGGUGCUGGAAGCGGAAACAACCUCUACCUCGCCUUCAAGAUCCUCGCAAACGAGCCCCUCCGAUCGCAAGCGGAGUAUGCCAUGCCGAGGGAGAGCACGUCGAGCAGAGGCGCUCAUGGUGUGGAAACCUCUGGCACCAUCAAAGGAGGACGGCGAAGUCUGAUGUGGGGCCAGAAAGGCCGCAGGCCCGGGGAACCCCUGACGAAGCCAGACAGUCGUCCACCGACCGGUGGUGAUGCCGCGAGAGGGUUUCAGGACCCGCCUCGCCCGAGCACCAAUCAACGAGCCACCUCCUCCCGCGACAACAAGACCGUCAAGCGAACCGUUGGCGGCGGCAUCAUCCGCAUCGACCAAAUCGCCAAACGCAACGGCGACGCCGAAGUGGAGAUGGAAGCCUGGGCGCCCUUCAUGCCCUGGGACGACCCUCCCGCCGAAGAAGGCUGGGACCCUCUCCUCCCCGAGAUCCUCCCCAGUGCGAGCGGCCACUACCGACGCUUCAACGCCCCCAAGUCCCUCUCCCUCUGCCUCCAAGCAUUUUCCCACCCGGACGCCGAGUCCCUCAUCAAGAACACCCCCACCCUCCUCCACCGCGUCACCCAAACCCGCAAAAUCGGCUUCUCCGGCGCCCCCACAAAACCCCGCUCCGACAUCUACAUCACCCUCUCCUCCGCCUACCUCCCCCGCAACGGCUUCCUUGCCCACCCCAAAUCCGGCACCGCGCCCCUUGGCAUUCACUCCGGCUCCGCCAACCUGCAACUGACCCUCGAAGUCCGCCGCUCGACCGGCGAGCGCAUCGAAUCGUGCAUCUACCCCGCCUGCAAUUCCGCCGGCCACACCGCCUGGCGCACCACCGCCGUCGAGCGCGGGGAGCCCUGGAACCUGACGAUCCGCCUCGCCAUCGAUCCGGAGGACGUGCCUGGCUGCCACAUCGUGAUGAGCGUCGCCGACGCGCCGGGGUUCCCGUUCGCGCUGUGCUGGAUGCCGCUGUGGACCGCCGAGGCCUUCAUGCGCGACGGCGACCAUUAUCUGACGCUGUACAGCUACGACGAGUACACGUCGAGCAUGAUCUCCGGACGCGGCGCCUAUCUCGGGUUGCCGUGGAGCUCGAAGAAGAAGGAUGAGACGGUGGUGGGGCCGAUGGCCGCGUUGCGGUUGAGGACGUACUUAUGUAGUACGCAGUAUUCGCAGGAUCCGACGUUGUUGGGGUUGUUGAAGUGGCGGGACGAGAGUGGUGAGCAUUUGGUGCAGCUGCUUCGGCGGUUUGUGUUUGUGCCGGAGAUUGAGAUCGUGAAGUUGUUGAACGAGGUGUUCGAUGCGUUGUUUGAGCUGCUGGUGGAAUAUGCCGAGUCGGAAGAGUAUGAGGACCUCGUGUUCAAUGCACUGGUGUUCGUUCUCGGCAUCGUGCAUGAUCGGCGCUUUAAGUUGGGUCCGUUGGUCGAUGGGUAUGCGGAGACGCGAUUUAAAUACCCGUUCGCGACGGCAUGCUUGAUACGGAGUUUCCAACGGCUCCUCGCGAACCCGACCGAUCCAGAGACAUCGAGGAAAUUGCGUGCCACGUUCAAGGUUGGCUCGCACAUCUUCAAGUUCAUCGUCAAUGCGAGACAGCAACAGGAAGAGAAGGAAGCCGGUAUUGGCAUAACGAACAGGAAGCCAACGUUCACCAAAGAUGUCAAGAACAUCUUCAAUUCUCUGGAGAGUCUGAUGAAGAAUCCCGCACCGAUUCUGAUCGGCACGAAAACUCUGGUGGUCCAACAUUUCCAUACAUGGCUUCCCGAGCUCGCUGGCUGCAUGGUUCCGAUGGAGAUCCUGAAGAUCGCGACGAGCUUUAUCGACUCCUGUGCAGACGUACAAGGCAAGCUAGUGCUAUAUCUCUUCGUCCUCAUCAUCCACCUGGGCCAGGUCCCCGUCUUCAAGCUCCCCGACGUUCGACGACCCCUUCUGACAAGCACCAUCCGAUGGCUCGCGCCGUACUGGGGCAAGGUCGACACGGUUACCGACCAGUGGAAAGAUCAAGUGCGCCUCUGCUGUUCGGUGGUCGCAUCGCAGAUCAACGAGCUUGGACAGGAAGCGUGCGAAUACAUCCCGAAGUUGGUCGACUCAUACCGAGCCAUCCAAUCCUCGCCGAGGACGAUGAAAAAGUCAUUGUCAUUGCUCUUCCCAACGACAUAUCCGUCCCCGUCACGGCCGACCGAGAAGCCGUCAGAAUUCGAGGAAUCACUGGGCGAAAUCGCCGCGGUGUUGGCAGCGAUCACGAACCUGCCGACGACCAUCCACCUCGACCUCCCCAAGCAAGAACUUGCUGAGUUUCUAUUCGGUGCGCUGCAGACGUACAUCUCGAUCCUGAACGGCGACGCCUUCCCCACUUCCUGGCUCAGCACGCACAUCUAUCACCACAAAUCGACCCUCCGCACUCUCGAAAAGCUUGCCAGCAUUCUCAUCGACUCCUUCCUUCCCCACCCCGAUGACGCCGACCAGUUCAACACCGACCUUUGGCGCGCGUUCUUCGACGCCCUGCUCAAGCUCGUCGGAUCGAAUGCCCUGGCGCUCGAAACUUUCCCGGAGCAGAAACGUCGAGCCGUCUGGAAAAUCGCCGGGGACGUCCGCGAGCUUGGAGCGGAUCUGCUGCGUCGAACAUGGGAGGCGAUCGGGUGGGAGACCAGUGCGGAGGAUCGGAAACAAUAUGGGCUGGAAAAGCUGGGUGGGUAUCAAGUGCAAUACGUGCCUGGCCUCGUUGCACCGAUCGUCGAACUGUGUCUCACCGUGCAUGAGGGACUUCGCAUCACGGCGAUCGAGGUUCUGCAGACGAUGAUCGUGAGCGAAUGGACGCUGAGCCAGGAUCUUUUGCUCAUUCAGGGCGAGGUGAUCGAGGCACUGGAGCGAAUCUUCAAGAACAAGGUGCACACGGAGAGCAUCUUGCAGAAGCUGUUCAUUGGCGAAUUGAUCGAUGCGUUUGAGCCGUUGGCGCGCAACUCCGAGGAUGGGCUGUUCGUCGCUGUGAAGAACCUGGUGGCUGUGGUGGAUGAGUUGCUGGAUCUUCUCGUCGCGGUGCACAGUACCGAGGCGAGCGGAGAAGCAUUCCAUAUCAUGGAUACGCUGAAGUUGAUGGAGUUCUUGCGCGACAUGCAGAAGGAGGAUAUCUACAUCCGAUAUGUGCAUCAGUUGGCGAAACUGCAGCUCGAUGCUAGAAGCCCGACAGAGGCAGGGUUAGCAUUGAGGCUCCACGCCGAUCUGUAUGAUUGGGAUCCUCUGACCACGAUCGAUGCAUCCGAAGACCCUGAGUUCCCGCCGCAGACACUAUUUGAGCGGAAAGAGCAGCUGUAUUUCCAGAUGAUCAAGCACUUCGAAGAGGGUCAAUCCUGGGAGAACGCGCUCGAUAGCUACGUAGAGCUCGCGCAACAGUACGAACACAAUGUCUUCGACUUCAAUAAACUGGCCAGGACACAACGAGCGAUGGCGACGAUCUACGAAAGCAUCGCGAAAGGCCAGCGACAGCAUCCGCGGUACUUCCGCGUCCAGUACAAAGGCCUGGGUUGGCCGAUGGGCCUCCGCGACAAGCAGUUCAUAUUCCAAGCCCCCGGUUCCGACAAGUCGGCGACCUUUACGGACCGCAUGCAAGAGCAGCAUCCCUCCGCGCAGAUCAUCUCAUCCGAAACCGACGACGAUCUCGAAGGUCAAUACCUCGUCAUCUCCCCCGUCGCCGUCCAGAAAGACAUCACGCAUCCGAUCUACCACCGCACCAAAGUUGCUCAGCCGGUACGUGACUAUCUCCUCGCCGCGCGACCACAUACCUUCACCACCCCCACGCGUCGCCAAGCCAACGUUGAGAAUCUCGAUAAAACCACCUUCGAAACCGCCGAGACCUUCCCGACCAUCCUCCGCCGCUCCGAGAUUAUCGCCACGCAGACUGUUUCGGUCCCCCCGCUGCACGCGGCCUUGGAACGCAUCACACGCAAAACAUCCGAGCUCGCGAGCAUGGAGCGGAAAGCGGGUGAGGGCGACGAGAGCAACAUGACGACGUUUACGGAGUUCUUGAUGGUGAUGGUGGAUCCGAAAUCCGAAAAUGGAUGCGCGAAAUACCGGAACCUGCUGCCAACGAGGGCGCGAGAUAGUAUGGGACUGGAAGACGAGGAGGCCGACGAAGAGCAGGAGGAUCCGUUACAUGAUGCGUUGAGGAUGAGCUUGAUUGAACAUGUGCUGGCGAUCAAGCGGGCGCUAGGCGUGUUUUCGAGGUCGAGUUACCAGGCUACCAGGGACGAUUUGACGGGCCGCUUUGAACACACUUUUGCACCAGAACUCGAAGCGCUCGCGCCAGCGUCCAACCCAUUCGGUCUGCUAUCCGCCCUCGGGUCACCAUCCAGCUCAUGGCAACACGGCACGCCGCCCGCCACCUUGCGCACCCGUAAUGGCACGACCUCAACUGCUCCCGACCUCCCCGACCUGGCCUCCACCAUCCUAGAGAAAGAGAAGCGAGCCGACAAAAUGAACCGUCUUUCCCUCACCUUCCUCAAGCGCACCAGUAUCCUCGACCCUAUCAACCGCUCGAACGCCAAGAACACUUCCAACCUGCCCCUGGGGUCCGCCACCGAAGUCAACGGCACGAACCACGCCUAUAGUCCCAUGAAACGCAGCAUCUCGCAGAAGCGUCCGAGCCGUGAUGGCGUGGAUCGCAACAUUUCGGCACUCCCGCAACAUGUCCCUGCAUCUGCCCCAGCUACUGUCCGCCGCAAGGAAUCAAUAUCGAUAUCUGGGCGGGGCAGCAGUGGGUUACAAGCUCUGUUCUCGAACAAGCACGAUGAGCAGGCGCGCGGUAGUGCGACGGAGGGGGAUCGUUCGGGGAGCCUGGGACAUGGUGGGCCGGUAAAGGGUGUAGAGAGGCCGGAAACGGGGAGGAGUGGGUCGAGUCAUGGUGGAGCGGUUGGAGUGGGAGGACCUGCAAGAGAGGUAGUAAGUGCAAAAGGGGGGACCGUGAAGAAGAGAUUUAGUCUCUUGAACAUUGGGCGGAAGGCAAGUCAGGCGAGUGUGAAGGGGAGAUAUGACGAUGUAAUGGAGGAGUGAGACAAUGUCGUUCCUUUUGGUUUUCAUUUCUGGUUCUUCCGAACGUUGCUCUCGUCUUGGGAUCUGGAUCCCGGCAGGGUUCGUCCCGUGAGCGAGCCCCUUUUCUUUUAUUUCCCAGAUGUGUUACCGCUUAAAUUUCCUUUCCUAUGUCAGGGAUCGUCGUAUGGAAGAUUUU